AUGGCCAAUGAUGAGGUUGACUAUGACCAUGACCUAGGACCGAAGAGUUCGUCACCGGGGUUACCUCGAGUAAAUGGGGCAGAAUUAAAUUACUUUUACAAUAGCAGAAUACGAUCUCUAGAUGCGACAGGUAUCAAUCAAAAUUUCCUUGCGCGACAUACGACAGAUCAAAGUCUACAACAUGUCUCGCAGACUGGUUAUUUUAAUCUUCCGAAAAAAUCAACGCCGCGUGCGGAAUGGCCCACGUGGAGCCUGUCACCUCCUGACGCUUCUGAAACGAGACAUCGAUGGCGUCACUCGAGUGGACUGCACCCUUCCGUCUUCGUUAGUCAAACUGGGGGGCAAAGUAGCUGGCAGUUUUGGAAUCAACCUUCGAGGGAGAUGAAUAGCUCAAAUUUUAAUCCACAAGAACAAAAGUCAUUUAAUCAUAUCGAUCCGUGGUUUGCAAGUGGCGCAAGGGCGUUUACUGGUCUCAGAAAAUCCGAUAGCCUUCCAGCUACAAAUGACACCAUAUCUGGUAGCUUAUUUAACACACAUGCUGCGAUGGCAAGCGCCUCUGAACCCAAGUGGCGUUACCCGGCCAAUAAUUCUUAUGGGUCGCAUGUAAAUAGUUCCACUUAUGGUGGGCUUCCUGUGCCCGAUGGGCCACCUGUAUCAAGGUUGCCUACAGCAAAAUCGCAUGCGCCGGUGGUAUUUCCCAGCAUCACUACACCAGUCACCGUGUUGCAGCCUAAUGCGAGUAUAACAUCUCAGAGUGUACUUCCAUACAGCUACCAAUCCAGUGUGUUGCCUGAAAACUUGCAAGAACGUUUCAUGGAGCCUUAUAUACCCAAUUCCUUUACAGAAAACCAAGAUGUUUGUCCGAUCAUUUCAUCUGCUUCAAGAAGAGAGGAGCAGAGAUCUAAGGCAUCAUCACCGGAGUUCCCGGAUGAUCCUUCACUUGCUGCACUGGAACGCAAGGUGGCGGAGGCAUUCGCAGUAGUUGAAAGGGUUAUGAGAGAACGCGAAGAAAGAACAAAAGCGCAGCGUGAGGCUGCGCGAAAGAAAAGAGAGAUAAGAGAACAAAGAGAGAGAGAGGCAAGAGAAAUGAGGGAAAGAGAAGAAAGAGAAAGGAGAGAAAGAGAAGAGAGAGAAAUAAGGGAAAGAGAAAGGAGAGAAAAAAAAAAGAAGGAGAGAAAAAGGAAGGAACCACUACAAAAUGAAGACAGGGAUACAAGGUGGUUUGGGGGAGAACGGGCACCGGUGCAAGAGAGCGCGCGAUGGCAGUGGGAGCAUUACCAGCGGCGUUGCCUUAUGAAGUUUCCUUGCUGUGGAAUAUUCUACCCGUGUCACCGCUGUCACAAUUCAUCGGGGAUGUGUGAUACUGAUGACAGGAAGGCGAGUAAUGCGACGCAUGUCAAGUGUAGCAUCUGUGGACACGAAGAAGAGGUCAGUGGCUUUGUUCUUACGGUUAUUCCUAAGAAUUGCUUCGCGCACUCUUACUGCGCAUAAUUGCACGGUUGAUUAGCAGGCGCACAUUAAAAAUGGCGACUUUCGCUUUGGGGGUGGAGAUUGCCAGAGGUAAAUCUUCAUUUAUCUCUUAAACCAGUAUAGCGACCUAUCAUUUUUCUUUCUUUCACUAAAUUGAGAGGCAAUUUUUCUGCAGAAAGUAUACAAAUUCUCAGUACAGAAAAAGACACGAUGAAGGGAAAAGUUGUCAGUUUUCAUGUAAUCGUAAAUACGGCCGAUAUUGUAAGGAGUCAUUGCCUUUUAACACGGUGCUUUUUUCUUUCUUUUAAGUUGCCAUUUACAUAAGGCCAUCCCCCUUUUUUUUCGUUUAGCGUCGAAUACGUUUCCUGAUAUUGGGUCGGUCGGUCGGAUUGAAAAAAAAAAAACUUAUAAAAAAAAUUACACGAAGUCUCGGAAUAGAGGCCCUGGUACCCCAGGACGACGUUAAAACGGUCGGAUGGGCGGUCGGUCGGUGUACGGUCACGUGAUUACCAAACUUUCUAGGAUGGGUAGUUUACCACAUUUUUUUAUCCAUGAUGUUCCGCAGCGCGCUUCGCGCGCGAGAGCUCCGCUAUGAAAAUUUGCAAGAAAUCGUAUCACCCGGAGCUGAGCAUACAGCUGACAGGGUUUCCUACUCUACGUCAAGUUAUUUUUGCACUUGUCGUAACUAUCUGUUCCCUUUCCGUCUGUCUCUCUCUCCCUCUUUUUUGGGAAAUUUAGAUCAAUGAAGGAAGCCAGUAUUGCAGUGGCUGCGGCGAACAAAUGUCAGCUUAUUUCUGUUUCAUAUGCAAACAUUUUACCGGGGUGGCAAAAACUCCAUUUCACUGCGAUAAAUGUGGUAUUUGCAGGUACGUUAUUGCGGUUAGGAGUUCUGAUACUCAGUUUCAACCAUUUUUUUAAAAAUAGUUAAAACUAUUCCUUUAGCUUCCUUCUUUAGACGUCGACUUAUUAAGGCCCAGGCCAAACCUCGAACUUCUCAUAAUCUUAACUCACUAAGUUUGGUUCGUCUCAUAAAAAGUUCGACGUUUUGCGUGGGCCUAAGAACACAAAACUUUGCCACCUCUUCUAAAAUAACACAGGCAAUAUACAAAGGACUCAAGGGAUAGCUUAAGAAAAAUCAGUCCAUCUUUCUCGUGGUUGCCGUUAGUUUUGUAGAGUCGUUAGUUGAUGGCCUGAAAACCAAAGGAGGUGAUUGCAUUUUGAAAUAAACGUUCUAGCUAAACCUAGAUACGACUUCACUCAUGUGCGUAAUGCUGACGUGUUUGCGAGUGCAAAUUCAUGUAAUCACGGUGAUAGCAUUGGAAGUUUUUUUCUGCACUAGAGAAAGAGCAUAACGAUUAUUGGCUCUGUAAGGGUUUCGUUUACCUAAAACUGAGGAACAUCUAUAAAUCUUUUAUGUUUUUUGUCUUGAACAGUAUACACGAGGACAAAUCGUUUCACUGUGAUGUUUGCAACGUGUGUCUGGACAAACGACUUGAAGGGAAACAUAAGUGCAGGCCAGAUUCUGGACACGACGAGUGUUGUAUAUGUUUAGAGGUAAGUGGAGACUGACUAUUUUGCACUUAGGAAACAGAACUGAUAAAAUGGCAUGACGAGCUAAGGUUCAAACCUGUAUCGUUGCUUAACUGGCAUGUGUGGAAGGUUAUAACGGAGACUAAAGUAAGUGACAAAUGAGUGUGUGUGGCGGAGACCAAGUCAGUGUGUUUUGUUUGGUAUGGUGCACUACCGUAAUGACUUCCUUUAAACAUUUCAAAUGUCUUCAGGGACGGUGAAAUGAGCGCUCUUAAAUUCGCUUUAAGUGUCGUUUAAAUUUUCCGUUAUUAGCAUCCGUGGUAUCGGCAUUACAACUGACAGUUGCAUAAACAUUGACUGCUUAAUUUCAACCACAAAUAAAACCUUUGUGUCUGAGGUAACAAACCUUUAUAAGCUUCUGACAGAUAGUUUUGGCAAACCCAGUUUGAACAGUGUAGCAAGGAAGAGUGUGCCACCAUAUUUAUGGUACAUGCUUUUUGUUCACUGAAAUCAAGCUAGGCGAAAAAGAGUCUAAACUGAUGUUUAUAUUGUAAUUAAAUCAACUUUCUGUACUCUACACAGGAUGCGUUCAGCGGUUGUCAGAUCCUGCCAUGCUCCCACAAGGUCCAUAAAGAGUGCGCCAUUGCUAUGAUUCAGAACGGAGUGUAA